AUGAACAUGUAUAAUUUGCCAAUUAACAUCUUUGUACAUGACUUGAAAAAUGAAAUGAAAUAAAACUAAACCCGAUAACGUAUGAAAAUCUGUUACGAAAAAAUAUUGUGUUUUCAUUGUGGAAUAUGUUGCGCAUUUGAUCAUAUCAUCUGAAUGCGUCUGACUGCUUGAUGUUACGAAACGCCGCUAUGGUAUUAUGAAAGUUUUGUAAGGAAAAAAAAAACCUUUGUUUUAUUAAGACGUAUAAAAUGAUUAUUUUCAUUUUAUCUAUUUUACUGGGGUUAUCAAAUUGUGCACACAGUUUGGAAUACUGGGGUGGGUGUUUUGAGAAUCAUUUGCCAUGUCCAGGAUCAUCUUGCCUACCAUUAAAAGCAAAAUGUAACCACAAGGUAGAGUGUGCAGACACAUCCGACGAACAUUUAUGUGCACCCUAUAUCAAAUGUUUUCCGGGUUACACGGUGUGCAAACUAGAUAAUGGACAAAUGACGAUCGUUUCAGAAGGUGUUGGAUGUGGCAAUAUGGCUCGCGGAUGUGGUCCGAAGCCUCUGAUACCGCAUGCAGAUGUUAAACUUAACAACGAAGAUUCUUCCGUGGGUGCUUUAGCAAGUUUCACGUGCCAUGAAGGGUACCAGAGUUGUACUCGACAGCUAAGAUGUCUGCCUUCGUACACAUGGGAGAUUGCAGUCUGUGAUCCUAUCCCGACUGAAACGUUUGAAUGUUAUAAAUGUAACAACAAAAAUGACAAUGAUGAAUGUAACAAACAGAAAGAAAUGUGCAAGGACAAUGAACGGUCGUGUCAAACUAUUGUUGAAUGGACCGGAACUACUUGUAGAAUAAUAAAAAAGGGUUGCAUAAAUCCUGAAGAAGCCAGGAAAAGCCAAGGCUGUGACACUAAAGGGUAUACAACUAAAUGUAAGCUUAUGUGUGAAGAGAGUGAAUGCAAUAAAAUAUUAACCUCACACGCUUCGGUAGAUGAUGAUGAUGAAGAACCGGAACCGGAACCGGAAUCAGAACCAGAACCGGAAGGCGAGGGCCCGGAACCUGUAGCAGACUGCGAGACUGAACAUGGUUCUUGUACUAGAAAAGUCAAAAAUGAAGGGAAAAUGUUUGCUCUGAAAAUUUCCGAUUGUCAUCAAUAUUGCAAGUGUGUACGAAAAGCUGGAAAAUUCAAGUGGCAGACAAAAGACUGUCAGACAGAAAAAAUGUUUGAUGAUAAAAGCCAGAGUUGUAACGAUAAAGGCAGCUGUCAAGGACAAGCCAAUGUCGGAGGUUGCAAUGACGAGCAUGGUCCCUGCAUUCAGAGUAACCUUAACACACUCAUGGCUCUGAGAAGCUCGGACUGCAGAAAAUACUGCCAGUGUGCAGUAAAUAGAAAGGGAAAGUAUAAAUGGGUGAGACAUAAAUGUCCAAAGGGAUCUUUAUUUGAUGACAGUCUACCAGACCCAGCGUGUAGUGACAAAAAAGAACAUGUUAUAUGUCAUGAUGUACACGAAUCCGCCUGCGCAAAAGAAGCCCACGCCAUCUGCAAUGAAAAAAGGUUUAAAUCUGAACUAACGUUUAUCCUGCCCGACACAGGAUGUCGUAAAUACUGCAAAUGCGAAGCUGAUGGUGUGCGACCUAAUGGCGCAGCGUUAUACGAUUGGAAAGAAAAGAGUUGCCCUAUAGGAAAGUUAUUUGAUGAGAGUAAAGGAAAAUGCAAACUCGAACGCAGAGUAACAUGUGAAAGUUAAACGAUUGUUCUGAACAAAUAAGAUACAAUCUUCAAAAAUUUAUCUUUCAAAUUAAUUUGUUUAUUCAAACAUUUACUGUUGAUUAAAUAUGCAACAACAUAUGUAUAAAUAAUGCUUUGAAAGCCGACAGUUCGUUUUCAUUU